UCAGUGAGAUUUCACCUGCCCAGCGUUGAUCAGUAAUCCGAAUAAUUUGGAACCAAUAUUCAUCACAAUUACGCACAUCAUCGUAGUGAUCAAUCCGUCAUCAAUCAAUCCGAUUCAUGAGUUGCAAAAUUACUCGAUUCUCGUGAACAACGAAUACUGAAGGUGUUCUAUUCAACGAGUCCAUCAAUUGACUAUUAGAUUAAACAUUGAAUUCAAACUAACGGAUGAAUGUGGGUGUGCUGGGUGAGAUUAAUUGUAAAGAUUGGAAGUACGUAAGUUCCAUUUUUUUAUCUUGGCCAUUGUUCUCAUCUAUUGGAAUUGACGGUUAAUAACACCUACCAUUUACGUAAGUUAUCUAUCUUAUGGACUACUUUCCUGAUCUGGAAGACUGAUAGACGAGUGGACGAGAGAAGACGACAAAAUGGCGCCACGUUUGUGUGCAGGAGGUGACUUCAACCGAUACCAUUUGAGAGCACCGAAGAACAGACGUCUUGAGUCAACAAUUGAUGCUGCAACUGUCACCGGUAAAAUCGACUUUCUACGCUCCAUUGGACUUACACAAUCGACACAAUCCCAAGGAUUGACCUGCCAAUUGUGCAACAAAGUUGAGUGUUUUUGUGAUAUAAAUACGGGUACAGUGGAUUUACCAAGGAUGAAAGAUCAAAAUGAGAGAGUUAGUUUAUCUAUGAAACCCUGUCGGGUUUUGAUCGCCGGCGAUCAAUGCAAAGUGUGUAAGAAACUGUUCAAAUGUGAGACCGAUGUGCAGGAUCACAUGAAGAAGCGACACAAUCGACUGAAGGUGACCCUCAAGCUCAACAACGAGACAGUCAGCACAAAGUGGAUCAAACGAAGUCAUCUGAAACGUCGCCACAGCCAUUCAGACAGCCAUUAUGAGUAUAGAGAAGGAGAUCAGGUGCCACAGAUGUCUAAUUUCUUUGAUAGUAGCCUCGAGGCACAAUUGGAGGUAUCUGGUAGCAAGAUCCGUAGAAAGUACGAAUCAAAGUCCAGUGAUAGUCGUCCGUGUUCAGCUCCAUCACUCGGUGUCUCAUUCGAUCUGCCUCUCUGCAGGGCCACCAGCUGCCAUUGUUGCGUGAGGAACAACGCCAGGUCGUGGGAUGAUAACAACAAUAACUGUCCAAAGCUCAAUUUGUCCAAAUCUCAAGACUCUGUUGAAACCUCGUCUGCAGGUAUCGUUGAACACGAGAGUUCUUCAGCCAGCGUCGCAUCCUCACAAGUGCCCAAAUGGCUCCUCAAGUCCACCACUUCCAUCAGGAAUAUGAAGAAAGAAGUAAUCACCUUGGACGAUACAGAAGACAUCAACGACAUAACUGUGAUUCCAACGAAGCCACCCUGCUAUGAUCUCACCGAGUCCAGCUACCAUUCUGAUGACGAGGUAGAAAAGGUUCUGGAGAUCAGGAAGAAUCAGGCACCCUUUAUCAGCAUUAAAGGAGAACCCAGUGAUUCCAUGAAGGGCCUCAGCAUCUCCGACGCCAUCAGGGAUCUGAUGUCUGCCGAAAACAGCUUAAGUUGUCAUGACCAAGAGGACGCUGGCCUCCAAACCCCCAACUUCUACGAGAAUCUCAACAAAAUGGAAAGCGAUGAUGAAGAAGAGAACAACUUCACUCUUCGUUUCGAAGACGAUGAGGAGAGUUGUACAUUUGUUAUUAAAGAUAAUGUUGGUAAUAAAGAGUAUGCAAAAGGUUUCUCGGGGGAUUUCUUUGGUGACACCCAAUUAGAUGUGGCUGUCAGUCAUCAUGAUGCUUUGGAUCAGUCAUCGGGAUUCUGGCGAGCAUCGAAAAACGUCGAAUGCUUCUCCGCGCAUGAAACACCCAUCGAAUGCAUUGUCAAUCGUGACUCGAUGGUUGCUAUUAAAGAAGAGUUGACUAUGGAUCAUUACUUGUUUGAUCGUGAAUGAACCUAGUGCGGUGUACUUGAAUACUUUUAAGUUUUAAUCUUUACGAAUGGAACAACCAAAAGAGAUGUGAUAUAUGGUUAAGUUUAGAGACUCUAUUUCAUGGCUCGCAAGAUCCCAAAGGACCAAGAUUUGUUGUUUAGGAUAGUUUUCUACCGCUAGUGUCGUAAUUCAGAGAGAAUAAGACUAUUGGAGGAUUUUUAUAGAUCAAUAUUCACAAUAUUGAUGUUUAGUUUUAAGACGUUUUUUUUAUCAGCCGGUGAUGAAUAUAGUUGUAACUGCUUUUCAUUAGGUGUUCAUGUGGUCAGUGUUGUACUUUAUGGAUUAAUGUCAGCUAUAUUUCAUCGUCAUUUAUGGCAGUUACUAUCAAUCAAUAAAUAUUAAUUUUCUAUGGUGGUUCAAU